AUGUUUUUGAAAACUCAGUUGGUCGGGCAAGCAGAGUUACUGCUGCCUUCAGAAGCUGUGUGGAAGGACCGUGUGUGCAAGGGAAAUGCCAGCGUGACACAGUGCUACAGAGACAUAUUGGUUUGCAGAGAUGGAUCGUACUUGGCUGAGUUCCUGUUGGAAAAAGGCUACGAGGUGCAUGGCAUCGUUCGUCGGUCUAGUUCUUUUAAUACAGGCCGGAUUGAACAUCUCUAUAAGAACCCACAGGCUCACAUUGAAGGAAACAUGAAGCUGCACUACGGGGAUCUCACUGACAGCACCUGCCUGGUGAAGAUCAUUAAUGAAGUCAAACCCUCUGAAAUAUACAACCUGGGAGCUCAGAGCCAUGUCAAGAUUUCUUUCGACCUAGCAGAAUAUACUGCUGACGUUGAUGGAGUUGGCACUUUGCGACUUCUAGAUGCUAUUAAGACCUGUGGCCUUAUCAACUCUGUGAAGUUCUACCAAGCCUCCACCAGUGAACUUUUUGGAAAAGUGCAAGAAAUCCCGCAAAAGGAGACCACCCCUUUUUACCCAAGAUCGCCUUAUGGGGCAGCAAAACUGUAUGCCUACUGGAUUGUGGUGAACUUCAGAGAAGCCUACAAUCUCUUUGCUGUGAACGGCAUCCUCUUCAAUCAUGAAAGCCCCAGGAGAGGGGCUAACUUUGUCACUCGAAAGAUUAGCCGAUCGGUAGCAAAGAUUCACCUCGGACAGCUGGACUGUUUCAGCCUGGGCAAUCUGGAUGCUAAGAGAGACUGGGGUCAUGCCAGGGACUAUGUUGAGGCCAUGUGGCUGAUGUUGCAAACGGAUGAGCCUGAGGACUUUGUCAUAGCUACUGGGGAGGUCCACAGUGUCCGUGAAUUUGUGGAGAAGUCAUUUAAGCACAUUGGGAAAACCAUCGUGUGGGAAGGGAAGAAUGAAAAUGAAGUGGGACGAUGCAAAGAGACUGGCAAGAUUCAUGUGACAAUCAAUCACAAGUACUACAGGCCAACUGAAGUGGAUUUUCUGCAAGGGGACUGUACCAAAGCUAGGCAAAAGCUGAACUGGAAGCCAAGAGUCACGUUUGAUGAGCUGGUCAGGGAGAUGGUAGACGCUGACGUGGAGCUCAUGAGGAACAAUCCCAAUGCCUGAUCCCUGGCUGGGCUGGGCAGGCAUCAGAGGAGCCAUGCCAGGGAUACAACCCAUGGCCAGC